CCUGCAGCCAGUUCUACGUCUGUUGGUAGCGGAGGACGAGGGGGUGCUUCUAAAUCCAUCACACCCAGAUCUUCUGGAGGAUCAGCAGUUAGACAGAGGAAAGCCCCAGCCUCAAGUGGAGGAGGUGCCAGGAAGGCAGCAGGCAGUAGUGCUGGGAUGUGGAGAUUCUACACAGAGGACUCUCCAGGGAUUAAAGUUGGCCCAGUUCCUGUGCUGGUGAUGAGUCUCAUAUUUAUCGCCUCAGUGUUCAUGCUACACAUAUGGGGCAAGUACACACGAGGCUAG